UGCUUCUAAGGCGCCUUGUCUGUGCGUGCAUGGGUGGCCUAACGCAAAAUCAUAACAGUCUAGAUAAAGUUUGAUUUCUGUUUUUGUAUUGUUUUUUCCGUUUGCAUUGAGGUGUCUUGCGUUAUCUACUGACAUGGCUCCCCUAAGCAUAAUGACAGCUGGCAUCAACAUUUUGACAAAAUCGUUUGGUCUGUUCUCAACUGCAUCUCUUGCAAGGUGCACAUGUGCGAUAACAGCAGCUACGCCUUUUAGCACGACUGCUGGGGGUCCACCCAAAAGACCACUCACAGGGUACAUGCGAUUUGUGAAAGAGCAGCGGCUGCAAGUCAUUACACAAAAUCCAGAUGUCAAAGCUGUUGAAGUUAUCAAACAGAUUGCGGAGCGAUGGAGAGUGCUAACACCUGAGCAAAAACGACCCUUUGAGCAGGCAGCUCUGUCUGAGCGGAACCAGUAUAAGACGAUCAUGGAGAGGUACCAGGCCCAGCUGACGCCCGCACAGUCUGCAGCCAUGGUGGAAGAGAAGAGACAGAAAAGGGCUAAAAGAAAAGCCAUCAGGAAGAAGAGGGAGCUGAAUACCCUGGGGAAACCCAAGCGACCCAGAACAGGCUUCAACAUUUUUAUGGCGGAGCAUUUUGAAGAGGCACGGGGAGUUACAAUGCAGGCUAAGAUGAAAUCGCUGUUGGAGGACUGGAAAAACCUUUACAUUACACAGAAGCAGGUGUACCUGCAGCUUGCAGAGGACGACAAAGUGCGUUACAAGAAUGAGAUAAAGACGUGGGAGGAGCACAUGGUGGAUAUUGGCAGGCAGGACCUGAUCAGGAGGAAGGAGAUUACCACCAGGAGGACCUUGACCACCAAGGCUGGCAAGAAGACGGCCAAGUCCAAAGUCACUAAGUCAAAAACGGCAGCCAAAAAGACACCAGCGAAGAAAAAUAUGACCGCGACAAAAGGGAUAAAAAAGACUGUAAGAACCACAAAGAAGGCGUGAGCUCGGGUGUCCAUUUAGAAACCCCCGAAAGUGUUAACUGACCCUCCGUCCUGAAUAAAAACAUGUCGCAGGAA